UUUAUUCUAUUUCUUUCCUCUUGUUAAAAAAGAAAAAGAAAGAAGAAGAAAAGAAGGAAAAAGGAAAGAAUAUUCUUGUUCUUGGGUCUUCUCGUAUUCAUUCUCCCUCUGUUUCUACCAUCAGAAUUCAGAAACAUCGUAUCGGCUUUGAUGCGAAUUUGAAAUGCAAAAAUCAUAAUUAGGGUAGAUAUAGAUAUAGAUAUAGUGAUAUUCAUUCAUUCAUUCGUAUUCAUUCAUUUUAGAAUUUGACGCGAUUCGAUGUUCGUGUUUACACUGGUUGUGGGGUUCAUAAUUGGGGCUCUGACGAUUAUAGCCGUUGAAGCAUUGGUAGUGGUUGUUGUGUUGGGCCGAUUAAAUAAACGAGUCAAGAAUGAAGAAUCAAAGGCCGUAUCACACUCUCCUCAAGGACUCUCUGAACCCCACUCUUCUUAUUACAAAAAGCAGGGUGUAGUUUGGGUUUUAGAACCAGAAAAGGUUCCAAAGUCAGGGCUUGUAGACAAAGCACCAAGAGAGAAAAAGCGGAAGAAAGAGAUCUUCGAGGUUUCCCCUGUCCAAAAAUAUGCAAAAGUCAAGGGUCAGUCACUCAUUCUAACAAAUUCAGAUGGUUCUCACACAGAAAUUCAGCUCAAGGGUUGCACAAUAGCAGCUGUUUCUGCUACAACCUUGUUUUCAAAAAAAUGGGCCAAAAAAUAUCCAAUUAAAGUGGAGAGCAAGACAGUUUUAUACAGUGGAAAUAAAACUGUUUACAUAUAUCUUGAGACAUCUUGGGAGAAGGAGUCAUGGUGUAAAGCCCUCCGUCUUGCUUCCUCUAAUGACAAAGGAAAACUUAAGUGGUUUUCAAAGUUGAAUGUAGAGUUUCAGAGUUAUCUGACUACCUUAAAUACAGGAUAUCCUUCAUUUAUGAAACCCUCUGUGGGUAUCAAUGCUGAGCCUAUAGACAGGCCAAUUAAGGUUGAUGGUUCUUCAUCGAAGGUUCGCCACUUUCUGAAAAAACUUGCAAAGAAGGCGUCUAAGAGUGGUGUAGAAAAUAAAUCGACGUCAGGCCUUGAAGAGAGAAAGAUCUGUGAGAAAUCUUAUUCAUUCCAAGAUUCAGUUUCGGGCACUGGUGUGGUAAAGACUACUCCUAUAGGCAAGACAACUAACCUUUCUGUGGAGGACAAAACGAUUCCAUCAUCAUCAUCAACCUUAGCUCACACAGGCUCAAGCGCCAGAAGUCAUAUCUCUGUGUUCUCUGAUGUAGAUUCCGAUGACAAGACUGGUAGUGAUGAAGGAACACUUUGUUGGAAUUUGUUAAUAUCACGUUUGUUUUUUGAUGCCAAAAGCAAUACAGAUAUAAAAAACUUUAUGCAAGCGAGGAUUCAGAGAACACUGUCCAAUAUGAGGAUCCCCAGUUACAUGGGUGACCUUACCUGCACUGGCAUAGAUCUUGGGAGUCUCCCUCCAUAUAUCAAUUGCAUGAGGGUUCUUCCCUCAGACAUGAAUGAAGUAUGGGCCUUGGAAAUUGAUAUUCGAUAUUCUGGUGGUGUGGUGAUAAAUAUUGAAACAAGGCUUGAAGUUCAGGAACUAGGUUCCGAGGAAGGCAUGAUGGAUACAAACUUAGAAUCAAGCUCUGUGGGGGAGGUCACAUCAGAUCUUCUAGAAGGUUUUGAGUACUUUGGAAAGCAAUUGGAGCUUUCUGAAGGUACACUUGAUGCAACUGAGCAAAAGGAUGAACCAGAUUUAAAACGAGAUGGGAUGCAAAGAUGUAAGAGCACAAAUAGAGGAUCAUCUUCUACGUCCAGAUGGAAAUCUAUUCUAAAUUCUAUUGCCAAACAGGUUUCACAGGUGCCUCUCUCAUUGUCAAUAAGGGUGGCAUCCCUUAAAGGAACUUUACGGUUGCAUAUAAAACCUCCUCCUUCUGAUCAACUAUGGUUUGGGUUCUCAUCAAUGCCUGAUAUUGAUUUCAACUUGGAGUCUUCUGUUGGAGAUCAUAAGAUUAACAGUGGACAUAUUGCUUUGUUUCUGGUCAAUCGGUUCAAGACAGCCAUUCGGGAAGCUCUAGUACUUCCAAAUUGUGAAAGCAUAUGCAUUCCAUGGAUGUUAGCAGAAAAGGAUGAUUGGGUCCCACGGAAUGUUGCUCCAUUCCUAUGGGUAAAGCAAGAAGCUGUUGUCGAUCAUCCCCCUGUUGCUGUGGCUGUUGCACAUGAAAUUCCCAGCUCCCAACCUGCUGAAGCAACUCCCAUACCCGAUGCUACUAGGGAAACCACCAGUGAUAUCCCAAAAGUCAAGCAUGAUAAAAGAGAGAAUGUUGAUUGUUUUCAGCCAUCAGUCAGUGAAUCCUCUGUUGCACGUGCCAGUCUUUCAGAUCCAGCUAAUCAGUCUACUUGGAGCAUCAAGUCUCAGCAAGAAUUGAGUGUCCCUUUGUUAAAUGAACUACAAUCAACUUGUGUGGGUAGUGAAGAGGAGAACCCAGGGUAUCAAUCACCAUCUCAGUCAUUGACAAGGGAGCAGAUUCAAGCCAUGGAAGGAGAUGAUGCCAGGCUAAAGAGAUCGGGAACAAGAAGAGCAAAGAUGCUUGGUUUGGGGAAGAAGAUGGGGGAGAAGCUUGAAGAGAAGAGGCGUCACAUUGAAGAAAAGGGAAGACACAUUGUUGAGAGGAUGAGGGGACCUUAAAGAUCAGCUUUUUUUGGGAGUAUUCAUUCAUUGAUGACGUGUGUAGAAUAAUAUGAAGCCUGAGUGCAUUUGCAGGGUUUACGAUGUAAUUUUCGAGGGUCCUGAAAAAUUCCCUCUAUGUAAGGUUGUUGCACAGAUCUGUCAGGAGUUGAGCCUGUAAAUGAUUCCAGUCAACUAAUGUAGUAUUCAUUCAUAGUACAGAGUCAACUAGAAACUUAUUUUC